CGCUUGCAUGGCUCGCGUGCGCUCUGCGCGGAGGUACUUUGGCACCGCGGCGCCCGUGGCCUCGCCAAAGAAACUUUUCUCCCUCGCGAUCCUGUCGGGGACCUGUGAAGCGGACCCAGCGCCUCUGCCUGCCCGGGCGCGGAGUUUCCGAGCAGGGCGAGCAAGCGAGCGAGCAUGAGCCGGGAGAGAGCCGCCCCCGGGCCGCCUUGCUAUGGAGCUUCGCCUCUUCGGUUGGUUGCGUCCCUCCGGGUUUUACCCCCCUUAAGGCGCCCGGCUGGCCGGGGACCAGAAGCGCCCAGGUGCGGGUGCGCCUUUAGCCAGCGCUGAAGGACUUUGGGGUGACUGGCUUUGCGGGGCUCGGACCGGACUGCGAGGGGCGUGCCUCGUAUCAUGUGCGCCUUGGGCGACGCUGUUGCUGUUACGCGGACCCACCGGCUCUCCUUCCCGGGACUCGAUCCGAAGACCUAAACCCACCGCGCUCCCCACCCGGGAGGCAGCGCCGCCUUCCCCCUUUGCGGCGCCGGUGCCAUGGCUGGCCUCCACGACGCGUGGCUGAGCCUCUUGCUGCUCUUGCUGAAGGCUCCCGCUCCGUCGGCGGCCGCCUCCAAGGCCAUCGUGUGCCAGGAGAUCACGGUGCCCAUGUGCAAGGGCAUCGGCUACAACCUGACCUACAUGCCCAACCAGUUCAACCACGACACGCAGGACGAGGCCGGGCUGGAGGUGCACCAGUUCUGGCCCCUGGUGGAGAUCCAGUGCUCUCCGGACCUCAAGUUCUUCCUGUGCAGCAUGUACACGCCGAUCUGCCUGCUGGACUACGCUAAGCCUCUGCCUCCGUGCCGCUCGGUUUGCGAGAGAGCCAAAGCGGGCUGCUCUCCCCUGAUGAGGCAGUACGGCUUCGCUUGGCCCGAGAGGAUGAACUGCGACAAGCUGCCCGUCCUGGGGGACGCCGAGAUGCUGUGCAUGGAUUACAACCGCACGGAGGCCGCCACCACCUUGCCACCGUUCCUCACCAAGCCUACCCGCCCCUCCAAAGGGGCCCACAGGAACCUGACCCCGCUAAGUGGGGCCGGCUGCAAGCGGGUGUGUGAGUGCCGGGAGCCCCUGGUCUUCAUCUCUGAAGAGUCCCACCCGCUCUACAACAAGAUUGAGACGGGCCACGUCCGCAACUGCGCUGUCCCUUGCUUCCAGCCCUACUUCACCCAGGAUGAGAAGACCUUUGCUACCUUUUGGAUCGGCCUGUGGUCUGUCCUCUGCUUUAUCUCCACCUUAACCACAGUGGCCACCUUCCUGAUUGACAUGGAGAGGUUCAAGUACCCGGAACGUCCCAUCAUCUUCUUGUCUGCCUGUUAUCUCUUCGUCUCCAUCGGCUACAUCAUCCGGCUGGUGGUGGGCCAUGCCAGCGUGGCUUGCAAUAAAGAUUACAACCACAUACACUACGAGACCACGGGCCCUGCCCUCUGCACGGUGGUCUUCCUCCUGAUCUACUUCUUUGGCAUGGCCAGCUCCAUCUGGUGGGUCAUCUUGUCCCUCACCUGGUUCUUGGCUGCUGGGAUGAAGUGGGGCAACGAAGCCAUUGCUAGCUACUCCCAGUAUUUCCACAUGGCCGCGUGGCUUGUCCCCAGUGUCAAGUCCAUCGCAGUGCUGGCCCUGAGCUCGGUGGAUGGCGACCCGGUCUCCGGCAUCUGCUAUGUGGGAAACCAGAACCUAGACAAGCUGCGGGGUUUUGUCCUGGCUCCAUUGGUGGUGUACCUUUUCACGGGGAGCAUGUUUCUGCUGGCCGGUUUUGUGUCCCUCUUCAGGAUCCGGAGUGUGAUUAAGCAAGGGGGCACCAAAACAGACAAGCUGGAGAAGCUGAUGAUCCGGAUUGGCAUCUUCACCGUGCUCUACACAGUCCCAGCCACGAUAGUGGUGGCCUGCUACAUUUAUGAGCAGCACUAUCGGGAGAGGUGGGAGGCAGCACAAAACUGCUCUUGCCCUGGGGAGAAGCCCAAGGUCAAGCCCGACUAUGCUGUCUUUAUGCUGAAGUACUUCAUGUGCCUGGUGGUGGGAAUCACCUCGGGGGUCUGGAUUUGGUCAGGGAAGACCUUCGAGUCUUGGAGGCGGUUCACAAGCAGGUGCUGCCGGAGCGGGAAGCCUGGCGGCACAGGCAUGUACAGCGAAGCAAGCGCAGCCCUGACGGCCAGGAGUGGGCUGCCCAACCCUGCUACUUACCACAAACAAGUCCCACUGUCCCACGUCUGAAAAAAAGGGAGGGGGAGCAAAAAAACGACAACAACAAAAAACCCCAAAGCACCUUACUUGGUCGUAGUUGGGAGCAGGUAAGCACAGUGUGACUUGAGCUCCCAACUGCAGAAAGGUUUUGAAAUAUCCCCUGGAGCUGUUUUUUAAACCUGUCAUUUGGUCUGUCUGUCUUGAUAAAACACUUUGCUCCAUCUCCUGAUGGAGACACAAAAGAGGGGCGUGUUCAAGGGGGGGGGGAAUGGACACAUUGCUUUGCCCAUAUUGCAAGAUUGCAGGGUUUACUAAGAGCACGCUACAGCCUUGGGAAUGUAUUUUGUCCUUCCUGGGGAAGUGUGGAAGGAGCAAGCUAAGCUCUAACUCUUACUUUACAUGGGGUAUGUGUGAAUUAGUUUCCAGGUAUAAUGAAAAACCAGUCUUGGAGGAUGCAGUUCUGAAGGGCAAGGGCUGCUUCCGCUCAGUAUGACUCCCCCCCCCCAAAAAAACCAUCCCAAUUAAUUUCCUCACACCAUUGGGAAAGCAGCUGAGGAUGAGCAAAUGGCAGGAAAAGGAACAUCCACUGUUCCUUGGCUUCUGCAUUCCUAUUCAGGAUAGUGAAAUCCUAUACAUGUUUACGGUACUUGGAAGCAAGUCCCAUUGAGGUCUCUCUGUGUGUGCGCUUAAGAGCAUAAGAACAGCACUGCUGAAUCAGGCCAAAGGCACCAAGCAGAUGCCCCUGCAAGCAGAACCCGAGUGCAGCCAGAACCACACCCCCCCCCCCAGCCCCUUGUGAUUCCCAGCAACAAGUUUUCAGAGACAACCUUUGAGGGCAGCUUACUCUCCGUCCAAUUGUCUCCUGUAUUCUGUGUCUCCCACACAAUCUAGUUUGCUCCUUAGGAUACUUACUAUUUAAUUGGUGAAAUGAUAAUUUUAAGAGUCCUUUCCACUAGGUUGCAUAGCUGUCAGGUUCUCUCCCUUUUUAAGGGAAAUUCCCUUAUGCUGAAUAGGCUUCCUCGUGAGAAAAGGGAAAACUUGACAGCUAUGCUAGGUUGGGGUCGGCAGCUGCAGUCAGGCAAAUGUUAAGUUUCCUGGUAGCGGAACUUUGUCACGCUGUGAAAACAUGUUACUGAAGUUUUCAGAUAUAAAGGAGUAUCAAUUUGGAGAGAGGCUCUACUUUCAAAAUGGGUGAGUUGUGGAGCUGAGAUUGAGCAGAGUCUGGUUUCAGGUUUUAUUUUUGGAUGGCAAAAGUCCACCAUCAUCAGUUUUUUAUACAUGCCUUUGCCAAACCGAAUGCCAGGCGGCCUCAUAAAGCUAUUGGUGUAUUAGUUUCUCUUCAGCAUUCAAAAUGAAAGUAGGAAGGGCUGCAUGAAUUCAGAUGCAGACCAGAAGUCCUUGUUAAAUUCUGAAAUGGCACACACCAUCUUCAUAAACAUGAUUUCACCUACUUUUGCAAAUGAGGACUGUGCAUUUCUUACUGCGUUUUCACUUUAAGGGCAUGGGGGCUGCAAGCCUGUGCAUGUUUACUCAGAACUAAGUCCCAUUGAACUCAAUGGGGCUUACUCCUAGGAAAGUAGAUUCAGCCCCAUAGUCAUUUUCAGUCUCUCUGUCUCUCCUAUUCCAGUUCCACCUGCCCUGGUGGGGUGAUAGAUAACAGCAACAAGUUUUCUUGAGAUUAAUUUCACCACAAAUUCUUUGACUCGAGGGAUUGAAAAAUCAGUUGACACAAGAUAUGAAGAAUUACUCAAGAGGUAAAGCUGUAAAGAACCCUAAAGAAUCGAUUUAUAGUUUGGCACACUAGCAGUCUGAUCCUCUGCAAGUUUGUUCAGCAGUAUGUCUUCCUGAGUGUAAGGGGACUUACCUGAAAAGGUACUGGGCAUGUUUUGAUUCCCUUCUCUCUCUUUCUCUCUCUCUCUCUCUCCUCCAUCUACUGACACAAUGGUUCUUGGAUAACAGGUUUUUAACAUAUGGCUGCCCUGAGUGAGGCAGGGUAUGUAUUUGUAAGGUAUUAAUGCUAAUCCCCCUCCGCCCCCCUUUAGAAAGUAGAGCUCUGCCCCUAGCGCAAUCCCCUUAAGAUUGAAUGCAUUGUGUCUCUCCCGAAACAACAACAGCCACAACUGUAGGGAAUGACAAUCAAUAUCCCUCCCUCUCUUUGCAGAAGGGGCCACCUCCAUUUCUAGCCUUUGAAGCAGUGGCAAAAGUCACCUUUGAAGGAAAGCUGUUCAGCUUUUAAACCUUAAAAGCUGAUACUUCUGUAUUAACCUGAAAAUUAGAUAUGGCAGUAGAUUGCUAGCACUGUGUGUGUGUGUUUGUGUCAAGGGAGCCAGUCCUCUUUCAGUGAAAAGUGUUAGCACUUCAGUUCUAUAUGGAAAAUACUGUACUUCAUUCUGGUAAUAAGAUUUUUUUUGGGGGGGGGGUAAUUUCAUUUGGAUCUGCUUUACAAAGAGGCUGGUGAGUUUCUCCUGAACUCUGAUUUACUCACUGCUCAGUUUGUGAAAUGGCAGCUUCAGGAGAAUCCAAACCUCUUUGGCCUCCAUACAAUUCAUACAACACAUUCAAAGCAGAUGGCUUUCCCCAACAAUCCUGCGAACUGUAGUUUACACCCCAAAGAGCCACCAUUUUCAGCACCCUUAGCAAACUACAGUUCCCCGGGUUCAUUGGAGGCAGCCAUGUGCUUUUAAAGUGUGGUGUGGAUAUGACCACAUAGGUUUGUGAGGAAGCAAAUCCACCGCCCACCCAUUUAGCUAGGACUUUGGCACUGAUCCUGCCCAUGCUACCACCCCAACCCAGGGGGGGAAAAAGAGCCCUUUUCUAAGCGCUGGUUUCCAUGUGCACAACUAUCACUGGGUAGCUGCAGGAUUAAGUGUGACCUGGUCCUGUGAAGGAUAUCCAUGACAACUUAAAUGCUACUGGUAAAGUUUUCCACAUCACUUCCCAAACCAUCUCUCCCCCCCCCCCCCGGUUUUGGCUUUCCAAUUUCAGUGGGGAAGUUGAGUAUGUGCUUAACUCGCUCUCUGUUCAAAAGCAACAGGAUGUCAGGCUACAAUCCUCUCUGUCUGUCUCUCUAUAUAUAUUUGCACACUCACCCGUGGAGUAACUGUUUGAACUUAUUGAGCUUUUAUAUCUGAGUAGACGUAACAUGGUUUAAACUUUAAAGAACUUAAGCAGGGCUGGCCCACACCUUUCAAAAUAAAACAGCAUCUUUCCGUCCAGUUGCCAAUGCAUCUUUUACUAAGGUAGGCAUGUAGGCCUUAUCCAUCGGCCACCAUCAGGUGACUUUGAAAACAAGCAACUCUUUCCAGGAUCACUUUCCAGCCUGUUUCUUCGAGCGCACCUGCCCACCAGUGGCUGCAAGUGGAGCAUUGCCUUAGGAGGGUUUCUUCUGAUCUCGUUUACUGGAUAGGGAAAAGUGUGAACAGGAUCGGACUCUUACAUUAGCCCAGCAGCACAGGAAACAGCUAUGCUGGUGGAGCUCUCUCCUCCCCGCCUGCUGCUGAGAUAAUGUGGGGAGGAGGGUUGCAAGAUGAUGCCAGAGCUUCCUUCUCCCUUGGAUGCUCAGCUCCCACAGUUGCUGCUGCUACUGCUGGGGGUUAGCCGGAGGGAGUGUGCAACCUGGGAAGGACACAUCCAGUUCCUGGACCGGAUGGCUGUGUCACUCAGUGGUGUCAGAUGUUAAGCAUACACAUGGAUGGAGCAGGCGGAGGCAAGAGAGGAGGGGUUGGUGGAAACUUGGCCAAAGAGGCUUUAGCCUGGACAGGAACUAGCAACACUCCGCUUUUCCUCUGGAGCCCAUGGAAGGCAGAGGAAAGGUGCAAGGGCAGAACUUUUUGAAGGAAUUUGGCUAUACUUCUACAGGUGGUUGGUUUUUAAGUAUUUGACAGAGUAGCUCCAGCUUGCAGACAUCAUCCAUUGAGUUAAAGAGUUGCUCUUGUUUUUUAAAAUUAAUACUACCCAAAAUAUUACAGGGUUCACUUAACUUGGCUUCUUUUAUCAGAGAACUGACAAGGAUCUGGCAUCUUAAAAUAGCCAGGAUGCGGGUUGAGGGUUUUUUUUAAAGGGUUUGCAUCCUAUCCUUCCUUGAAGUCAUGACUUGGAGCAAAUAGCAUUUUACCCACAAAGCAACCCUGUGAUGUAGGUUGAGUGACUUGCCCACAGCCUCCUGGUGGUGGAUGCAGUGAGAAGAGAGCAGCUAUCAGGGUCUAACCACUGCCCCUCUGGCUGUUUCUGCGGCAUAUGCACCUUCCUUCCAGUUGUGCUGUCUGUCAGUCUUAUUUAGCGCAGAGUUGGCUGGGUGUCAUGGAGUUAAGUGGGAGAUCCUACCUUGAAGGCAGUGGUUGAAUGACCUUCUUCCAGAAUCUAUGGAUCUGCCACUCCUAGUGUCCUGCAGGAGGAAAAGGCUAGAGGGAUGCUUGGCCUCAGCUUCUGAUACUGAAUUGGAAGCUGCCAAUCGGCCACAAUGGCGAUGCAGGUGUCACUCUACUGCUGCACCUCUGUGCUUGGCAUUGGUCAUUUUGAACAGCAGCCUUACUCACUUUAACGCCGAUGUUUGUAUGUUUUUGUAUGCUGCAUUCUUCCUUUCCAAAGGACUGCUGUAACAGUGCAGACUACUUGAAAUGACUUGUUCACCUUGACAGGCGGCCUAAAACUUGACAGCAUUAAAUAUUUAGCUCACAGUCUAACAUGGCAUUAGGGCACACUUAAAUCCAUUGAAAGUGAUGGCCUUAAGUGCAAACUGUGUUGUGAUUACUUUCUUCAAUUUGUAGAACAAUAAAUAUUUUGGUUAACCUAAGUUGUCUCCCCCCCCCACCCCAAAGGAGAAGUAUAUCAUGUAAUAUUUCUUGCUAAUGGCACAAUGGAAAAGAUGUUCUUUGAAAUGCUAGCUUAAACUGCUGUUAGCUCUGCUCCCUUCAUCAGAGACACCAAGCCAACUGAGCAAUGCAUAUGAGCAAAUUUAUUGCUCGUUUCGUCUCCCCUGCCCCAAACUGGUUUCACUACCUAGCCAAGCUAUGACUGAAGUAGAAAAUACUGAAUUUCAUUUACAUUUGUCAUGUGCUAACAAGAUUCAUGAUUUCUCCCUCCCACUAUAAUCUGUGCUGUAAGCAGGUUUAAAUUGCCAAUACUUAUUUUAGCAUUGUCCCCAGGAUUUGGUCCUCACUGCAGCUCCCUCUAAGCCAAACUCAGUGCAAAAAUGAAAAGGGCAUCCUACCAAAUUUUGCUGUGCAUGUUUCCAUAAAUUACCUGCACAAUUUCCUGGACCACUGUACAGAUAUACCAAGUAGAUCGGCAGUGGCUACGUAAACUCUCUUGAAGGGAGAAAGAAACCACCUGUAUAUUUUUUACAUUCCUCACCAAACCAUGCAAACAUACAAGAUAUUUCUCUGUAGCAGAUGCACAUCUUAUUAUAUGUAUGGGUGAUAGCUAUGAAAAUCCUCAUCUCGCCUAUUGUGUCUACUAUUCUUGAUUCCACCCAAUGCUGUACCUAGUGGAAUAGCGAUACAGGGAAAAUAAAUCUGCUUGUUGCAACUUUGCUAGAAGGUACAGGCACCUUCUGGUUGAAGUUUGAAAUAGCUCACCUUGCACAAUUUGUGAAGCACCCAGCCAAAACACGGCCUUGACAAUCAGCCUGUUUGUCAUUGCAGGCAGGCAGCUAAAAUAGGUUUAUCAAAAGUCCUGGUAAAGCUGCAAUCAAUAGCUGGGGGAGGGAGCUGGAUGGAACAUGGGCUGUUGAGAGGCCCAAUUUUAACUUAAGUGGUUUCUGAAGUCACCCAACCUUACUGGAUUAAUACAUUUGUAGUCUAAUGCAAUUAGAGCAAUAACUUGAUAAAUCAAAAAGUUGUGGUUGCCAUAGUUUAGGAACAUGACUGCUUACAGUAAGGAAACUAAAACUGUUGCCAGAUGAUAAAAGGAAGAGAUUGAAAAGUAAGAAGCAGGACAUAAUAUAUUGCAUAACAUUGCAUUUUGGAAUGCAGAAAACAUCAGUGUACAAGUUGUCAUUCAUUUUGACACGUACAGGGGUUCUUUUUCAUCGAGACAUUGUGUACACUGGCAUGUUCCGAGACAGAAUUGCACCAUGUAGUUAUAGUAUGUAAAUAUUUGUAUUAAAAGAAUUACAUUUGUAUAUAUUCUGAAUCUCUAGUGAACUUUUGAUACGGGUUGGAAGCAGCUUGUAAAUUCUCACUGACACGGAGAGGCAGCUUUGGAUACAGAUAAAACAGGAUGGAAGUCCAGGGCAUUAAAUGGCUGUACUUGAUACGGGAUCCAUGCUUGGGUGGGUCAUGCUGCUUUUUUUCAGUUGUGCCUUGUGGAGGGAUGAAGCUUUUACAUGCUACUUGCAAUAUGAUUAUGAAAAUACCAUGCCAAAUGACGUUUUUUAAAAAAAUGAAAGGAAAAAGACAUCGUUGAUUCUGUGAAAAGCUUUAAGAGGAAAUAAACCAACUUCAAACUGCCACCUUAAUAAAUGCCUAAACAUGAUUAUUGCAAGCAUGGUUAGGGAAUAAUUCUAUAUGAAAAGUGAACAGGUUCUCUCUUUCUCUCUCUGUGUGUGUGUGUUUGUAGUACGCAACCUUACCUUUUACAGGCCACUAACUGUUGUACUCUGAUAUACAAGGCUCUUUUAAAGAAAAUGCUGGUGAUGGGCUAGGUUUCUCAAAAGCUCUGUACCAAACUCCCAGCUUUUGCAUAGAAACGACACAUAUAAAGAUACUACUUCAUAUAAAGAUAUGAAGGCACUAGUGGGAUUGAGAUAAACCCUACAUCUUUGAUAUUAAGUAAAAUUAAGAAAAUGCGCGAGUGGAAUGAAAUAAUUUACCUGCUUUUGGGGGGGGGGGAGAGGAGGGAAGUCAGAGCUUGGCAAAGCCAUUUGUUGUAUAGUUGUUGAUUAUUUAUUGCAUGAGGUUAAAGAAUUGGAAAAAAGGAAAUAAUAAAAAAUUUACUGGGAAACUACACAGGGACAGAUAGUGCAAUAGAAUCCCAAGCCACAGCAACCAACUAGAAAAAAGGACAAAAGCAGAAAAACCUAAUAUGCCAACCAUGUGCGCCGCUUGUUCACAUCCCAGAAAGGGAGAAAGAACUGUUGCCCAUGUCCUUACCUUUUAUGCAGCUCCUAAAAGUACUGGAACGAGCUCAGAAGACUAUUAGAGUAGGAAGGCAAUGCCUUGAGAUGGCCACAUCACAGCUAAUCAUUUCCACUUCCCAUCCAAGGAAUACUGCCCAUCUCCCCCCUUGCCUAUGACACUUUGUCUUUAAUAUGUCACCACAACCUACCUCUUUCAUUCAUCCACACUGCCCUCAAGUCCAGUGAAGAGGCACAGAAACAUUUGUUUCAUUUGCAGUGGCCCCUUGUUCUGCAUUUUCAGACGUCUUUUAACACACACAGGGGAAGACAGUCCCCUCGCCAUAACACAGGUCAAGGGAAGAUAAGAAACCCUGCCUGAGGCAGGAUAAAAAGCACAGAUAUUCAAAAAGAAGGUAGCUUUGCUGUCACUCGAAUUUUGGGCAUGUAUUUUCAGGAUUGUGCCAAUGGUGGCUAAAGGGUCUUAAAAGGUAAAGGGACCCCUGACUGUUAGGUCCAGUCGUGGACGACUCUGGGGUUGCGGCGCUCAUCUCGCUUUACUGGCCGAGGGAGCCAGCGUACAGCUUCUGGGUUAUGUGGCCAGCAUGACUAAGUCACUUCUGGCGAACCAGAGCAGCACAUGGAAACGCGGUUUACCUUCCCGCCGGAGCGGUACCUAUUUAUCUACUUGCACUUUGACGUGCUUUCGAACUGCUAGGUUGGCAGGAGCAGGGACCAAGCAACGGGAGCUCACUCCGUUGCAGGGAUUUGAACCGCCGACCUUCUGAUCAGGUCUAAACCACUGACCCUAGGCUCUGUGGUUUAGACCACAGCGCCAUCCACAUCUCCACCAAGGCUCAGACGUCCGCUCCAUUACAAAGCUGAUUCAGGAGCACUGAUUACGGUAGUUAUUACCCAUGAACCGAGUUUAUCACCCAGGGCUGCUGCGAGACACAAAUGGUGCUGUAAGGAAAGGUCUGUCCACUACAACACAGCACAUAAGGCAAACUGGAAGUUUUCUUCCUUUGAAGGAAAUCCUUCUUUUGGUCAUAAAUCUUUGGAAGAGCUCAGGAAGAGACUUAAAAUACAAGGAAGGAAGGGGUCAGUAUGCUCACUUAUGAUAAUGUUCAGCACUUACGCACACAGAGAUAACUGUGUGAGAGAGAUCCAGACGUGUUGCAGUUUUUUAGAAGGAAGAUUGCUGCUGUUAUUGCUGCAGCAUUGCCUAGAGCUAGGCAAACACAGCACACUCCUCUCCCCUAAGCGUGUUUCAAUCUGCAAAGCUUGACGCUAUCCCCUUAUCUAUGUUAGGAAGCGGAGGAGAAUCUGGAGCUGGGCUUUUCUUUACAAGGGAGAAAAAGUAAAAAAGGCAGUUAUGUACUAUCCCAAGAACCUGGCUCCCUAACAGAAGCAACCUCGUGAAUGCUGCGAGCAUCUCAUUUUUUAGAUGGCGGUCCAUCCAGCUUGCUCAUUAUGCCUAUAUCACAUAUAUACAUAUAUACAGAGACUUGCUCCAUUCACCAGUUUAAGCCCACACUGAAUUCUGCUGCUUGUUCGCUCCAGAAAACAAGCAGAGCUUUGAGAAACUAACAUUACAUGAAGAUUCUAGGAACAGGGGCACCAAACUCUCAAGUCCGGCAAAUGCCCAGAAACGCCUGAUACGAACUGAAGUCACUGCUUUUGAUUUUUUUGGGGGGGGGGAAGAGAAGGAUUAGUGAUUAACAUCUAAAACACAUCUAUGUUCUAGUGUACCAUCUUCCAUUAUCUUGGUGGCAAAACAAUCUUCCCACCAAAAUCGCUGCUGUUCCACCCCCCCCCACUACCCCCAUUUCAGACACAGGAAGCAAUGAAUCAGAAGGAUUUAGGGCAAGUGAAAAAGGUCAAGAAUGAGAAGCUUGGGGUCCCCAAGUUCAAGAUCUGUGCUCAAGCCCUGCAUCUUGCCAGAUGACCAUGACUCAGUCCCAUAUAGAACACAAUACCCACAUUAAAUGGCUCCUAGCUCCAUUGAGAAAUGGAAUUCAAACACAUGUAUGCCCAAGUGCCUUAAGGUCAUAGAAAUACAGACCCAAUAACCAUAAAAGGGACCCAGGUGGCGCUGUGGGCUAAACCACAGAGCCUAGGGCUUGCUGAUCAGAAGGUCAGCGGUUCGAAUCCCUGAGACGGGGUGAGCUCCCGUUGCUUGGUCCCAGCUCCUGCCAACCUAGCAGUUCGAAAGCAUGUCAAAAUGCAAGUAGAUAAAUAGGAACCGCUACAGCGGGAAGGUAAAUGGCGUUUCCGUGUGCUGCUCUGGUUCGCCAGAAGCGGCUUUGUCAUGCUGGCCACAUGACCUGGAAGCUGUACUCUGGCUCCCUCGGCCAAUAAUGCGAGAUGAGCGCGCAACCCCAGAGUCGGGCACGACUGGACCUAAUGGUCAGGGGUCCCUUUACCUUUAACCAUAAAACAGAUUCCUGUUGUUACUCAAGUGUCUGGUGGAGGCUCAGUCCAGCACAUUACAAAUAUCAAGAAGAGAGUUACCAUUUUUCCUAUACUUUGGCUACAGCACCCGGGUGCCCUGCUAUGUCAGGAAAAUGCACCACUCACAAUUAGAUCCUUUUUGGUCACUGGACACCCCUCUCCCUAGAAGCAACCACACCAGUACAAGGAGCAACAGUUUCAUCACUUAAGAACAAAGCCUUUUAGCAGGUACUUGUUCACCUUUACUGGAACACUCCCCUCUUUCCUUUCCCUUGCUUGACACCUACCUGCUUACUCAGCAACAAGCAGCAGCCCUUAACAUUUAUUCUGCUGCUCAAGUGCAGGUCCUUUACCAGGCAAACCUAUUUGAAGAGGUUUCAAUAUGCAAUUGCCUUGGAGACAAAAACAAACGGUUAUACACAAGAGGCGAUAUGGCAGCAGCAAUCAAGUGAGCUGAACACUGACCAGUCCCUGAACUUCCUCUAUCAAGCACAUAUGAAUGAAUGGGCAAGGUUGGGCUCCUCUUCAAAAACAUAUCUUCACGUGGGCAAAGUGAGCAUACGAGAAACACUUUGCGCUGAAACUAGCACGUACAUUGCUGGUUCGCCAUUCGCUGUCAAGAGCUCUUUCUUGUAUCAGAAGGACGUUAUCACAUAGUAACUGAAUCAGCAACUCAAAUGGCAUUUCAUUACAGCACUUUUGAGAACACAGAUGAAUUUGGAAGGGUGUGAGAUGGUCCAUUUACUGUACCGUUUCUACUUUCUGAAUAUUGUAAACUGUGCAACAUCUCACCCUCCUCUCCAAACAGUGGCAACCGUCUAUUUGGUAAGUGAAAAUGCACACACUUCCCCUUGCAGCUGUGUGCAGGGUGCGGUUGCAAAAUGUUACGAUAGAUGCUAAUGGAGUCUACCCUUUUCCUUCAAGCCCUACUUUCUCACGAAGCUUGUCCCUACUCACACCCACCUGUUGAACAAGCACUUUUUGAAUAAAGUGCAACUCAAGUCUGGCGCCUUGCUGGAUGCCUACUGGACAUGAAUACCUGGUGUGCUCCCAAUGGAAAGAACAUUUUUCAGUUAUAUUACUUGAAGCUGCACUAUGAUCAGCUUGAAGAGUUCGUGGAAAGCUUGAAUGUGUUCUGGUGGACAGAAAUUAGUUUAAUAAUUUACUUUGUAGUUUUUUUUACUUAAAGGCUAGCUGGACAACACUAGACAUCUUGGAAUGGCAUUUCCAGCUUGCUUCACAUUCCAGGAAUGAAUUUGGGAAGUUACUCCCAAGUAAGUGGCAAAACAGUGGCAAAACUAGUAGACUCUCUACUGAGAAUAUGCUUUUGACAAAAUGAUUUUUCCCUUCCCUUCCUCGUGCCUAGUAGCAAGGUAGGAGACAACAUUAAAAAGUCACAAUGCUCAGAGGCCUUUCUCCAAGUCCCCCUUACCUUCUGAGGAGAGGUGAGGGGUAGCUGGCUAUUGCAUCAUUUCAGUGGUGCUGCCCCCAUGUUGGCAUGAUCUCUGCAGGACACCUCUGAGGUUGAGAAGUGUUUUUGAUGCCAAAAGAUACAGCUUUAUUUGUCCGGACCAUGAAUGGGGAAUUUAUGGCCCUCCAGAUGUAGCUGGAUUAUAAUUCCCAUUCUUGCUGCUAACUGGGAAUGCUGGCUGGAGCUGAAGCCCAUCAUCAUUUUGAAGAGCCAGAUUCCACAUCCUGAUCCAGGCUUCUAGAUCUUGUGAAUGUUUAUAUCCAGCUGUUUUUAUUGCUUUAUGCAGAGGCUGUUGUGUGUCACUGGUUUGGUACUACUGAUUUCAUUGUCUGAUUAGCAUAAACUGCUCUAGAUUGAGUCUUUUGGACUGAAAAAUAAGGCAGAAAACUUUUGUAGAAACAUUGGAUGCAAUCUCGCAGGCAGCACUAAAGACUGUUUCAGUGCACCUUGGUUCAAGGCUCUUCUACAUUUCCUCCCAAGGAACAUUUUUAUCCAAGAAACUUGGGACCGAGACAUACAAAGCACACUAACUCCACCUGAUCUUAAUUAAAAUAGAGUUUAUUAUUAGCUUCUCUUUUAAUACAAACAUGAGAAAGGAAAGCCACCUGAAGAUGUAGCAUUUGUUUCAAAAUUGAAUUGUGAUUAAUACCUGAAAUCACAGACUCUGUAGAAUGCCUGCCUAGAGCUGGUAGGUUAAAAUACAGCAUGAGACUUUGGCUCCAUCUGCACUUUGCAUUUUAAGCAGUUUCCUACCACUUUAAACAGUCAUGGCAUCCCCCGGAAGAAUGCUGAGAACUGUAGUUUCUUAAGGUGCUGAAGACGCUUAUUCCCUUCAUGGAGCUACAAUUACCAGAGGUCCCUGGAAAGAGGGACUGCCUGCUAAACCACUCUGGGAAUUGUAGUCUGUAGGGAGAAAAGAGGUUUACUAAUGAAUCUCAGCACCCUUAAUAAACCACACUUCCCAGAAUUCUUUGGGGAAAUUGUUAUGAUGAUACUGCUUUAAAUGCAAAGUGCAGAUGGGGCCUAACAGUCCAAGUGCCACUGAAAAUUCAAGAAGCAAGUUGGGGUUGAUAUUAAGUAAUAGCAAAAGGAACCAGAUUGCAAGAGGGACUGCUUUCAACGUAUAAAUUGUUUAGAUCAUUUGACUUGGAGUGGUGAAGGUUUCUAAUCCAGGUUGCUUCCUAUUUUUAGGAGCAGAAAACUUGAUUCACCCUAAUUCCCAUUCUGGACAAGCAAACUUAAUUUACACAAAAAGCCAAUGUUUAGAAGUUCACUUCCAGAGCAAGGAACAUUAUAUACUAGGUUUUAAAAGGGGGGGAAAGUGUUUUCAAAAGAGUAAUGAUAUGAACUGAAGAUAACAUACCUCCCUCAUCAACACGCCCAGCACCUUCGAAAUAGUCCUCCAUUGUGAAUUUAAAGCUUUUUGGCAGCACGGGACAAAAGCAAACCUUGCUUCAUAUCCAUUGUUUGUAGUGGAAGAGUUUAGCAGAGCAGCCUUAUUGUCUGUUCAUUGCCAAGUCAGUACAUUUGUUCAGGCUAAGCUUUCAAUGCAGCUCUAUUCAGCGCUUCAGGCAAAAGAAAGUGUAUUAUGCAGA